GCCACGGCUCCCAGCCCCAGACCGCUGCAUCCGCUGAACAUGCCGCUGCCUCAGCCGCUGCUCGGCGGCGCCUCGCCCGCUCCGGCGCGAGCGGCCUCAUCCUUCCUCCACCCCCUUCUCCACACGCGCCACCGCGUCUCCACUGCACCUGCCGCUGCCUCCUCCUUCGUGCCUGCAUCUCACUCCUCCCACGCGAACGACGCCAUGCUCCUCCGCCGUGCCGCCGACGUGGCCGACCGUUCUGCGGGACUCACCUCCCCGCACCCGAACUUCGGGUGCGUCAUCGCACGGCCCCAGCUUAAUACCGACAGCGCUGAUUCCUGGGUGGUCGGCGAAGGGUUCCUCUAUGCGCAGGGGACGCCCUGCGCCGAGCUCCUCGCCUCACAGGAGGCCGGUGAGCACGCGCGCGGCGGCACGGCAUACCUCAAUCUCGAGCCUGGGGACUGCUUUGGUGACAACACAGCCGUCGGAUCCCUCGUCCAGGCAGGAAUUACAAGAGUUGUGGUGGGUCUUAGACAUCCCUUGAAGCACUUGAGAGGGAAGGCAAUUCAAGCAUUACGAAAUGAAGGCAUUCAAGUUGAUGUUGUGGGGGAGGAUCUGCAGAGUAAAUUGUUCAAGGAAGCUCUGAAGUCAUGCCUCACUGUAAAUGCUCCAUUGCUUUACAGAGCUGCCUUUCAUGUCCCUUUUUCGGUCCUGAAGUAUGCUAUGACAGCAGAUGGAAAAAUAGCAGCAAGUAGUGGACAUGCUUCUUGGAUAAGUGGCAAAGCAUCAAGAGGGCGUGUAUUUGAAUUGCGUGGCAGAAGUGACGCUGUUAUUGUUGGUGGAAAUACAAUCCUCGAUUAACUGCAAGGCAUGUUAAAGGACAUGUUCCAGUGCGUAUAGUGAUGUCACAGUCUCUUAACCUUCCAGAGGAAGCAAAUUUAUGGAAUCUUAACGAUGCCUAUACGAUUGUUGCGACUCAGAGAGGUGCUCGGCGAGAUUUUCAAAGGAAGCUUGCUAUGAAGGGUGUUGAAGUAGUAGAGUUUGACAUGCUGAAUCCAAGAGCUGUUAUGUCAUAUUGUUAUGAUCGUGGUUAUCUUGCUGUAUUAUGGGAAUGUGGUGGAACACUAGCUGCUUCUGCUAUAUCUGCGAGUGUUAUCCAUAAGGUCUAUGCAUUCUGGGCUCCGAAAAUAAUUGGGGGAUUAAAUGCACCUACGCCAGUUGGUGAACUGGGGAUGAGUCAAAUGACUCAGGCAAUAAAUUUAAUUGAUGUCUCGUACGAGCAGUUUAUGGCGUGUUUGGCAUGGCUCUGCUCUACUUCAGAGCGGUUCUACUCUAAAACUCUGACCGGAGUAGCUCUGCUUCAGAGUUUAGAAUCCAUGGAGUUUGCAACUCUGGAGUUAGAGUGUUUUGCAGGAUCUGGCCAAUUCCUUAGAUUUUUACUUUGGAGCCAUACCAAACACACCCUUUGUUAUGACUGGAAAAGUAUAUGGGCGCCGGCCUAAGCAGCCAGGGGAAGAUAAGCUAGACUAAGCAGAUAAGUACUCAGAUAAGAUAGCUAGAGUUGUUUAGAUUUUCCUUAAAUAAAGGUAGUUUGUUUAGAUCCCCUUAAAAGGAGGAAGUCUUGUUAGGCCAGGGCAAUAUAUAAGCCCUCUAUGCCUUUAGUUUGUAAUCAGGAAAGAUUAAUCAAAGAAAGAGAUUGAGUCUUGCCUCCCUACUGUUCUCAACUCCAUUGCUGCGCCUGAACCCUAGGUCAGGCGUCACCACGGCAAUCUCUCACACCUCUUCCUCCAACCCUCCAACCAUUAGCCACUCAUACAACCUCCGCAGCCGGGGUAAUUCUAACAACCUGGUAUCAGAUAUGCCAGGAUCUGCUGAAGCUGAAACUGCAGCUUCAGCCCAGCCGUCGGAGUUGGCAGCAAUCACCACCGCCCUUGCUGAAGUCCAGCGCCAACUGGGGCUCUUCGCCACGCAGAUGGCCUCCAUGUCCUCCCGCAUUGCCGCGGUGGAAUCCACACCAGGAACAUCGGCCAUGGCGCCGCCACCAGACUGCCCCUACGGCAUGCCUGGAUAUGGUGGACUGCCACCGACUAUGACAGCGGCCGAUGGCCAACUUCCACCACCACCCACCACCAUAUCUGCACCAGUACACACCACCACCUCACUUCCACCGCACCUGCUGCCAUUACCACAUUCACCGUCUCCCAUUCCAUCCUUUCCCCCACUACCUCACACCAUUACCCAGUGCUUUCUCUCCACCACCAUCUGCUGCUGUUCCUCGCUUCCACCGCUUGGAGUUUGCAACCUUUGAUGGCAAGGAAGAUCCAAUGCACUGGUUGACUCGAUGUGAACAAUUCUUCGAGGGACAGCGCACGUUGGAAGAGGAGAAAGUCUGGUUGGCUUCAUAUCACAUGCUCGGUGCUGCACGGACUUGGUACAACCAGCUCUUGCGUGAUGAACCACCCCUGUCAUGGGGGCGUUUCAAGCAGCUAUGCCAACUCCGAUUUGGACCACCGCUUCGCAGCAACCCACUCGGGGAAUUGGCAAGGCUUCCAUUCCGGACAACAGUGGAGGAUUAUCAGGAGAGGUUCUGGGAUUUACUGGCCCACACCACGCCACUCACUCCGGAACAGAAGGUACAACUCUUCACGGCAGGUCUUCCAGAGCGUAUCAAGAUCGAUGUCGAACUUAUGGCUCCUCGGGAUCUCAAUCAUGCAUUAAGUUUAGCAAGAGCAUAUGAACGAAGGGCUCAGGCACUCGACGUCCACCAUACAUCAACUACCAGCAAGCCGUCGAGGCCUCCCCAGCGGCCAUCAUUUCCUAUUCCAGCACAACAGUCCACUAUAACAGUAGCAGCACCAACCAGCACGGGGGCACAACGUCCAUUUAAGAAGCUCACCCCCGACGAGAUGGCUGAGCGCCGCAAACAGGGACUGUGUUACAACUGUGACGAACAAUACGUUUGUGGUCAUCGGUGCCCGCGUCUAUUCUAUCUGGAGGUCACAGAUUUUGAAGAGGAUACAGGAAUCGAGGAUGAAUCCAAUCCAGAGGAUCCAGCACCCAUUAUUUCACUCCACGCCUUAACAGGCAUCCGCUCAGAGGGCACCAUGCAACUGCAAGUCGACAUUCGGGGAUACACCCUCACAGCUCUUCUUGACACGGGCUCUACCCACAAUUUUGUCAGCCUCAAAACUGCAGAUGGGCUGCAGCUAGCCUACAGUUCCAACCAAGGUUUCCAGGCCACAGUAGCAAAUGGCGACAAGAUUCACUGCCGACAGAUUGCUAACAGUAUUGGUAUGUCCAUUGCCGGUGAAGAGUUCUUGAUGGACGCAUAUGCCAUUCCUCUAGAUUCCUUUGACAUUAUAUUGGGUAUCACAUUUCUGCGCACUUUGGGACCCAUCCUUUGGGAUCUUGAAGAUCUGUGUAUGGCAUUCUGGAGGAGAGGACAGCGUAUUCUCUGGAAGGGAUUGGGUUCGCAGCGUUGGGACAUUUCCAUGAGACCUGCAGUCCGGUCACUCAAGGCAGAGCCCAAACCUAUGAUGGAAUGUCUGCUACAGCAGCUUCAGGAAGUGUUUGAGACACCUAGUGGCCUUCCCCCAGCUAGGUGCUGCGAUCACCGGAUUCAUCUCCUCCCAGGAACAGCACCAGUAGCAGUACGACCUUACAGAUAUGCACAGCUCCAGAAAGAUGAACUUGAAGCCCAGUGUAAGGCCAUGCUCCAACAAGGCAUCAUCCGUCACAGCACAUCGGCUUUCUCAGCCCCAGUAUUGUUAGUAAAGAAAAGUGACAAUUCUUGGCGCUUUUGCAUUGACUACAGAGCCUUGAAUGAGAAGACAGUAAAGGAUAAAUAUCCUAUACCUGUAGUGGAUGAAUUGUUGGACGAACUUCAGGGUGCAAGAUUCUUCACCAAAUUGGAUCUGCGUUCAGGUUAUCACCAGGUCCGUGUUCACCCCGAUGAUGUGCACAAAACAGCCUUCCGAACACAUCAUGGUCAUUUUGAAUUCUUGGUCAUGCCAUUUGGUCUCUCCAAUGCCCCGGCAACAUUCCAGGCCCUCAUGAAUGAAGUGUUGGGACAGUUCCUUCGGCGAUUUGUGCUUGUAUUUUUUGAUGACAUUCUCAUUUACAGUGCAUCAUGGUCUGACCACCUAAUACAUGUCAAGGCGGUUUUGGAGUCCUUGAAAGCCAACAAGCUGUUCGCCAAGCAGUCUAAGUGUUCCUUUGGAACCACAACCGUCACCUAUCUGGGACAUGUGAUUUCUGCAGAGGGAGUCGCCAUGGAUAGUGCCAAGGUGGAGGCUGUCACUUCCUGGCCACAGCCACAGGCACCACGAGGACUGCGAGGAUUUCUGGGGUUGGCAGGCUACUAUCGCAAGUUUAUCAAGGGUUUUGGAGUAAUAGCUACACCACUAACAAAACUCCUAAAAAAAGAGGGUUUCCAGUGGAGUCCGGAGGCAGACAAAGCAUUUGAGGCACUGAAAAGAGCUCUCUCUACAGCCCCUGUCUUGCAACUCCCAAAUUUUGCCAACUCAUUCAUUGUUGACUGUGAUGCGUCCGGCUCAGGUUUUGGCGCUGUACUGCAUCAAGAUGAGGGACCAAUUGCCUUCUUCAGCCGCCCCUUUGCAGCCCGACAUGUCAAGCUCGCUGCAUAUGAGAGAGAACUCAUUGGACUGGUACAGGCAGUACGCCAUUGGCGUCCAUACUUGUGGGGCAGAAAAUUUGUGGUACGUACAAACCAUUUCAGCCUCAAGUAUAUGCUCGAUCAACGGCUCUCAACUGUACCUCAGCAUCAGUGGAUUAGUAAGCUAUUUGGUUUCGACUUCAAGGUGGAAUAUAGGGUUGGUCGACUAAAUACAGUAGCAGACGCUCUUUCGCGCAGGGAAACCACCAGUGGAUCGGUCUAUACGAUCUCAACACCAACCUUUCAACUCUACAAAGACCUCCAACAAGACUGUGCAAGCAACCAAGAGUUUCAGCUCCUGCACAAUCAGAUCAGCACAGGGCAGCAGGGUGCGCCAUGGCAGAUCAGAGAGGGACUCAUAAUGCAUGGCAAUCAGAUUUUUGUACCACAAUCCUCCAGCAUACUUCCUGCUAUCCUGCACACAGCCCACUCCGCAGGCCACGGCGGCAUCCAGAAAACCCUGCAAAGGUUGAGGACAGAUUUCUUUGUUCACAGGGACAGGGCACUGGUUAGAGAUUGGGUUCGUUCUUGUGCAGUUUGCCAGCAAAACAAAACAGAAACACUCCAUCCAGCAGGACUAUUGCAACCCUUGGAGGUACCAGCUCAGAUUUGGUCAGACAUCUCAAUGGAUUUCAUCGAAGCCCUACCAAAGGUAUAUGGCAAAUCAGUCAUUCUUACAGUCGUCGAUCGAUUCUCCAAAUAUGCCCACUUCAUUCCAUUGAGUCAUCCAUACACAGCAGCCACAGUAGCAAGGGCAUUCUUUGAUGAGAUUGUCCGACUGCAUGGGUUCCCAAGCUCUAUAGUCAGUGACCGAGACCCAGUGUUCACGGGACACAUUUGGAGGGACCUUUUCAAGCUAGCCGGCGUCAAACUAAGGAUGAGCACAGCCUUUCAUCCACAGACUGAUGGGCAAUCCGAAGUGGUCAAUAAAACUAUCGCCAUGUACCUGCGCUGCAUCACAGGGGAUCGUUCGAGGGCCUGGGUUGACUGGAUUGCUUGGGUUGAAUAUUGCUAUAAUACCUCUUAUCACUCAGCCCUGAAGACAACCCCGUUUAAAGUGGUCUAUGGCAGAGACCCCCCUCCACUCAUCCCAUACCAGCAAGGAGCAGCAGCUACACCAACUAUAGAAGAAAUGUUUCGCGAACGGGACUGCUUUCUCGCGGAAGUCAGAGACAGACUCCUACAGGCCCAGGAACAUGCUAGGCGGUUUUGUGAUGGCCAUCACCGAGAUCUGGAGUUCAAGGUGGGCGACUGGGUUUGGCUACGCCUGUUACACCGACAGGCACAAUCACUGGUCAGCCGACCAAAAGGGAAGCUGGGACCAAGGUAUGCAGGGCCCUUCCAAGUUCUGGAACGCAUCGGCUCAGUGGCAUACCGUCUGGAAUUGCCUAAAGGAGCCCGCAUCCAUGAUGUUUUCCACGUAGGACUACUCAAACCUUUCAGAGGAUCACCUCCUGUUCUACCACCAGCUCUGCCAGUACUAGAAAACGUCAGGCUUCUGCCCACACCACAAAAAGUUCUCAAAGCUCGACUUCAGCGUGGUAAAUGGUCCAUCCUGGUUCAGUGGAAUGCAGAGCAGCUAGAGCAGGCCACAUGGGAGCCCCUGCAGCAAUUCAAAACUUCCUACCCACAAUUUCAGCUCGAGGACGAGCUGUUCGUCGAGGGAGGGAGAGAUGUUAUGACUGGAAAAGUAUAUGGGCGCCGGCCUAAGCAGCCAGGGGAAGAUAAGCUAGACUAAGCAGAUAAGUACUCAGAUAAGAUAGCUAGAGUUGUUUAGAUUUUCCUUAAAUAAAGGUAGUUUGUUUAGAUCCCCUUAAAAGGAGGAAGUCUUGUUAGGCCAGGGCAAUAUAUAAGCCCUCUAUGCCUUUAGUUUGUAAUCAAGAAAGAUUAAUCAAAGAAAGAGAUUGAGUCUUGCCUCCCUACUGUUCUCAACUCCAUUGCUGCGCCUGAACCCUAGGUCAGGCGUCACCACGGCAAUCUCUCACACCUCUUCCUCCAACCCUCCAACCAUUAGCCACUCAUACAACCUCCGCAGCCGGGGUAAUUCUAACACCCUUAGUAACCUCUUGUACAGUUCUACUGCUGUUUUCUUCAAAUUAUAUUAUUUAUACUGAAUAUCUAACUAUAUUGCGCAGUGCCGUGGGCAUAUUUCUGCCUUAUGUCACUAGCUCAUAACUGUUACAUAUUUUAUAUUUUUAUAUAAAUGUGCAGAUCUUAUUGACUGAAAACUGUGAGGUAUAAAUGUGCAGAUUGACAGGGACAUGCUCAUGAGUGGAUUCAUCGAACCCAUUCCUGAUCUUUCACCUGUUAUACCAUCCGUGGAAGAAAUACCUUCCAUUGAUCCAGAAGUAUCUCCAUAUGAAACAAAUAUUAUUUCCUUUUACAAGAC